CCCUCCCCCACUCUCUAUCCCCACUUCCCCUUUCCCAAAACUUCUUCUCUUUCACAUUUCUUCUUGAAUUUUAAAUCUAGGGUUUCUCAUUUUCUCUCUUUCGAUACACAUAACUAACAGGCUCCUUUCCCUAUCUCCACAGAUUCAUCUGGUGUAAAAUUUUCUCUGGUUAUACACUAUUCGAAUAUAACCACUCACUGUUUGUAUGUUAAAUCCGCUGGUGUAAGGCUGCAAGCUUCACACUAAAACCUUUAAUUUUGCAGCAUAAAGUUUCAAUUUACCCUAAUUCGCUUUUUUUUUAUAUGGGUUAAAUCGACUCUUGACAAACCCAUGAAAAACCCUUGAUUAAAUUUUGUAGUUUUUUGUUUAUUUUUUAAGGGUUUUUCAUUAAAUUCCCUGUUAGUGUUUUUUCUUGCUCAAUUUUGAAUUUUUGAUUCAUUUGAAUUAAACUGAAGGAUUUUGGAAAGAAAGUGGUGUCUUUUGUCAAAAUUUUGUUUAUUUUUGUGGUGGGGCGGGAGAAAGUUUCCUGGGUAAAUGCAUGGAUGGAAGGGAAGGAAUGCCAUCGUUUUAUCUCAACAGAGGGAUUGGUGGAUCGGGUUCUCAUGCCGGGUCGGGUAAUUCACAGGGUGGUGGUUUACACGCCCCACCACCUGGUUUCAAAACUCAAUCAAACCCUAACAUGUCUCCCCAUGGCCAUAGCAGCAUGAGGGUAGGUUCCUUGGGUCCAACAUACCAAGCGGAACACAAUCCAUCACCCAAUUUUCCUCAUGGCAUUAACAUGGGUGGCGGAGGCGGCGGCGGUGUUGGUGGCAGCGCCGGCGGUAACAGUGGUGGGACAGUCGCGAUUACCACCCCUAGAAGUGGGACUGACUCCGUUGGGAAGAAAAAGAGAGGGAGGCCUAGAAAAUAUGGGCCAGAUGGAUCACAUAUGGCUUUAGCGCUCACACCGGCAUCCAUGGCUGCUUCUCCUGGUUCUCUCACACCGACCCCAAAAAAGAACAGGGGGAGGCCUCCUGGGAGUGGUAGAAAGCAAAGACUUGCAGAUGUCGGUGAGUGGAUGAGUACUUCGGCAGGAAUAGCUUUUACACCCCACAUCAUCCAUGUUGCAGCUGGAGAGGAUGUUGCAGCAAAGUUACUAUGUUUCGCACAACAAAGGCCAAGGGCUCUAUGCAUUUUGUCAGGCAACGGUGCUGUUUCUGCAGUCACACUACGCCAGUUUACAUCUUCUGCUGCCACUGUCACUUAUGAGGGCCGUUUUGAGAUACUAUGUUUAUCAGGAUCUUAUCUGCUUCCUGAAACGGGUGCACUCAGCAACCGAACCGGUGGUCUUAGCAUAUCAGUUUGCAGUCCUGAUGGUCAUGUCAUUGGUGGUGCAAUAGGCGGCAGGCUGAUCGCAUCCACCCUCGUCCAGGUGGUUGUAUGCAGCUUUGUUUAUGGUAAUAACAGUUCAAAGACAAAGACUAAAGAUGAGACAUACACACCUUCAAGAGAGGAAAAGAGUCCUGGUGGUGGUGCUCAGCUGAAUGAAGCUAGCUCUGCUCCUACUAGCCAACAACAUGCGGUUGCUUGGCCACCAGAUCCUAGAAACUCACAGCAUACUGAGAUUGACCUAACCCGUGGAUGAUGAUGAUGAUGAUGAUGAUGAUGACUGUAUAGGCGCGUGUUGUUGUAAAUGCAAUCAAUGCCUCCGGUGAAAAAGAAAAGAAAGAAACAGAGAUUUGAUGAGAUCUUAAGCUCUUAUUAUUAGCCUCCUUAAUGUCUUCGUUUAUGUGUAGAUUAUAGAUGGGAUUGUGGGCUAACGUAUUUGUAAUCAACAAAGUCUCAGAGUUUUUUAUUUUUAUUUUUAUUUUAUUUUGAACUAGGCCUAGCUUUAGGAAGGAACUUUAUUAUUUUCGAGUCGGUAGUAAUCUUCUACAUCUUCAAUUGUUAGCCUAUUUGUGACCAGUCAGUAGUCAUUGACAAACAUUGGUCAAUUUAAUGGAAAUUUUUUAAUUUCUAGCUUUUA